AAAACACAGGAAGAGCCCAACUAGGAUUUGGGUGUUAUAUAUAGAAGCGAAGGGAAAACACCAUUUCAUAACCACAAAAGCAAAAAGAGAGAGAGAUUUUAAGAAAGAAGAGAAGAGUGAAAAAAUGGGUGGUUGGGCUAUAGCGGUGCACGGCGGCGCUGGUGUGGACCCAAAUCUCCCAGCGGAGCGUCAAGAAGAAGCCAAACAACUCAUAACUCACUGCCUUAACAUUGGCAUCUCUGCUCUUCGCUCUUCUCUUCCUGCCAUUGAUGUCGUUGAACUCGUCGUGAGGGAACUGGAAACCGAUCCUAUAUUCAAUUCAGGCCGUGGAUCAGCGUUAACCGCGAAUGGAACAGUGGAAAUGGAGGCGAGCAUCAUGGACGGCGACGGGAGACGAUGCGGUGCCGUUUCGGGUAUCACCACCGUGAAAAACCCAAUCUCUCUUGCUCGCCUCGUCAUGGAAAAGUCCCCUCAUUCCUACCUCGCUUUCUCCGGCGCCGAAGAAUUCGCCAAACAACAGGGUGUGGAGAUGGUGGACAAUGAUUAUUUCAUCACCGAAGACAACGUCGGAAUGCUGAAACUAGCGAAAGAGGCCAAUACCAUUCUGUACGAUUACAGAAUUCCAGCCGUGGGAUUGGAAUCCUGUGCGGCGGCUGUGGAGAGCCCAAUUCACAUGAAUGGGCUACCAAUAAGCGUAUACGCGCCGGAGACAGUUGGAUGUGUGGUGGUGGACAGCCAAGGUAGGUGCGCCGCCGCCACAUCAACCGGUGGUCUGAUGAACAAAAUGACCGGUCGUAUCGGCGACUCGCCGCUGAUUGGUGCUGGGACCUACGCAGGUGAACUUUGUGGGGUCUCUUGUACAGGUGAAGGAGAGGCCAUCAUACGUGGAACCCUAGCACGUGACGUGGCAGCUGUUAUGGAAUACAAGGAAUUGGGCCUACAAGAUGCAGUGGACUAUGUUAUUAAGAAAAGACUAGAUAAAGGUUUUGCUGGGCUUAUUGCUGUGUCAAAUAAAGGAGAAGUGGCCUAUGGGUUUAAUUGUAAUGGAAUGUUUAGAGGCUGUGCUACUGAAGAUGGAUUUAUUGAAGUUGGUAUUUGGGAAUAGAGAGAUCUUUAAUUUAGGGUGGUAUUACUUUUAUCAAGUAAUGAAUGAAUGAACUUUGAUUUGGUUGUUCAUGUAGUAAUGCAUAAUAAAUCAUUUUGCUUAUUAGAAACAAUAAUUUAGUUUAAAUGAUCGGGCAUCUUGAUUAUGGAAGUGCUUAUGUUUUCCUCAAAGUGUUGUACUUCCGCUUUGAAAUGAUGGAUGCACUGGAAUUAUUAUCUUAUAAUAUAAAUGGAGCUUGAUUUCCUAUUG